AUGAAAGGAAACAUUGUUGAUAAUAAAUAUAAAUUGAUAGACAAAGUUGGAGAAGGAACAUAUGGACUUGUUUAUAAAGCAACUAUCUACAAUCCAAAGAACAACAAACCUAAAGAGGAGAAUAAUUUUGUUGCAGUAAAAGAAAUGAAGUUAGGGGAGUGUGGAAUGUGUUCUGCCACAAUAAGAGAAAUUACACUUUUAAAAAUGAUUAACCAUCCUAACAUUAUAGGAAUAUUAGAUGUAGUUAUAACAAACAAAGUAUAUAUUAUAAUGGAUUAUUGUACUUCCGAUCUCCGAAAAGAACUACAAGCACAUCCAUUUACUCGUCAGCAAGCAACUGAUAUUGCUUUUCAAGUACUUCAAGCAGUUAAAUUUCUUCAUUUUAAUCACAUAAUUCACCGAGAUAUAAAACCACAUAAUAUUUUGAUAAAUAAAAAUGGGUUGAUUAAGCUUUGUGAUUUUGGAUUAGCAAAAUGGGACUCAAUUCCUAAUAGAAGUCAGUGUAAUGAAGUGAUAACAUUAUGGUACCGUCCUCCAGAAUUACUUUAUGGUGCUGUAGAAUACUCAGAAGAAAUAGAUCUUUGGUCACUUGGAUGUGUUUUUGUUGAAUUAUUUUCUCACACAGUAUUGUUUCACGGAAAUGAUUCAACAGAAAUUUUACAACAAAUUAAUAGUGUUUUUCCUAACCAAUUACAACAGUUUAAUCAUCUCCCAUUUUAUUCAAUGAUUAGUCCUCUGAAAUUAAUGAAAUGUUCAUUUCCCAAUUUACCUGCUGAUGAAGAAGAUUUAUGUUUAAAGCUAUUAAAAAUUAAUCCGUUAGAAAGAAUUACUUGUGAAGAUGCACUGAAACUUGAUCUUUUUGUGUCUUACCUAACUGAAUAA